UUUUUUUUUUUUUCUUUUAGAUUUGAACUAUACAGACAAGUAGAUAUUAUAUAAUAUCUUGAUUUUAUUCAGAUAGACAGAUAUAUAAAUAUAAAUCAAUUACAUUUAGUGUAAAGGAUAUCAGUCAAAUAAUGGGUUGCUGUCAAUCAAAUGAAGUUCAUGAUGGAAAAGCUCGUAAUGAGGAAAUUGAUAAUCAAAUCAAAAGAGAUAAACUCAACAUGAGAAAUGAAGUAAAGAUGUUAUUGUUAGGCGCUGGAGAAUCAGGCAAAUCAACCAUUUUAAAACAAAUGAAACUUAUUCAUGAUGGUGGUUACUCUCGUGAUGAAAGAGAGGCAUUCAAAGAAAUCAUUUUUUCAAACACAGUUCAAUCGAUGCGUGUUAUAUUAGAGGCCAUGGAUAAUAUGGGUAUCUCCUAUGCUGUACCACAAAAUAAGCUUCAUUCAACUAUCAUACUUGAUUUACCAUCUCAAAUAGAACGUGACUCCCUUCCUUCAGACGUCACUCAAGCUAUAAAAUCCUUGUGGAAAGAUGAAAACCUUCAAAGCGUAUUUGAAAGAAGUCGUGAAUAUCAAUUAAAUGAUUCAGCGAAAUAUUAUUUUGACUCAAUUGAUCGGAUUGGUGAUGUUAAUUAUAUUCCAACUGAUCAGGACGUAUUGCGUUCAAGAGUAAAGACUACAGGCAUUACAGAAACAACGUUUGUUAUUGGAGACCUUACUUAUCGCAUGUUUGAUGUUGGUGGUCAAAGAUCAGAACGUAAAAAAUGGAUUCAUUGUUUUGAAAAUGUGACAGCCAUUAUUUUCUUAGUCGCUAUCUCUGAAUAUGACCAAGUUUUAAUUGAAGACGAAACAGUAAAUCGUAUGCAAGAAGCUUUGACCUUAUUUGAUUCAAUUUGUAAUUCUCGUUGGUUUAUCAAGACAUCAAUCAUUCUUUUUUUAAACAAAAUUGAUAUUUUUAAGGAAAAGUUGCCUAAGCAUCCUUUAAAAGAAAGUUUCAAUGAUUUUGAAGGACCUGAAACAUAUGAAGUAGCAAGUGAUUAUAUCUUAAAUAGAUUUGUAUCAUUGAAUCAAUCUGACUCUAAACAAAUCUACACACACUUUACUUGUGCUACUGAUACUCAGCAAAUCAAGUUUGUAAUGGCUGCAGUUAAUGAUAUUAUUAUACAAAAUAACCUGCGUGAUGUUGGGCUUUUAUAAAUAUAUUAUGAUACACUUAAUCAUGUAGAAAACCUCCUCCUCCUCCCUCCCUCCACACACCCUCCCUUUUUUUUAUUGUUAGUUAUUAUUGGCAGUAUUUCUUCAUACCUUUAAUUUUAUUUUAUUUAUAAUAUAAAGCACAAAAAAAUACUUUUUUUUUAUUGAAAAGAAAAAGAAAAAAAGAGAGAGAGCAAGAUAGAAAAUACUCUUCAUUUAUUAUUUCAAAAGUUAAUAUAAAAAAGGGUUGAUAGUUACAAGUUUAAAGUCUAUUACUGUCAAAGAAACUAGGUUGGG